AUGGAAGACAGCUCUCAGCCUGAGACUGAAAGGACCGCACUUGGCGCUCAGAUUCCCCCGCUACGAUUUCAGAAUAUGCACGCUCUCCAGACACCCAUGCAUAGAAUUCUGCCAACGCCAUCGCAUCCACUAUUGCAGAAGUUGCGCUUUCAUUCCGAAUGGAGGCAGAGAUGGACUAGGGGUGGCAGCCGAACUGAGAGCGAGCAGCUGGAGGGCGGGGCCGAGACUGCAGAAGAGACUGAACACGGGCAAACCGAAGAAAAAGAGGAGCAUGAGGAUAACAACGGGAGAGAAGAGGAAGAAGAGGAAGAGACACUUCUGGUUGCCGGCUGCUCCUCAAACCGGAUGCGUGCCAUAUAUCUCCUGGAACUGUCCUAUCAACAUGACCACCGGGAACCCGGUGGUGAGUAUAGACUCUCGGCACUGAAUCCUUCUUUCUAUGCGAUGGUUUCAAAUCUCAGUUCAGCUGGCGACCUCACUAUCCGAGUGGGAUAUUUUGGGCUAUGUGCAGCGGCAAACUCUUCAGGAACCACGAACUGGGCUUGUCGCUCAACGGCUAGAGAUCUGGGAGCACAAAUCAGCACCAUCAGCGACCCUCUCAAUAUCUUAGCGAUUGCAGACAACUUCCGAGACGAGAUUAUUCUGUCCGUGAUCAUCAUAAUGGCCAUCGUCCUCAUAUUCCUUAGCUUCUCCGCGCUGAGUACAUUUCCUGGCCGGUACACUGAUGUGGACGCCAGUGGCGACGAAUUCGAAAUCAAGCUUUUACCCGCCACGGAAGUGGUCUACCUUGUACUGAGCUUCGACGUGUUAGCGAGUUUGGUUCUGAUUGUUGCAGUCCUCUGGCAGCACGUGGCAGUCGUAGCGCAUGCUGCGACGGCGGAGGCUGCAUUUGGUGGUGCCAUAAAGGGGGAUGUGGGUGCCGUAGCGAUGGGCCUAGGCUGGGGUGCGAUCGGCGCAGUUUUAUUAGUGACAUUUGGGAUCGCGAUACAGAAAUUGAGUCGUGGAGAAUUACGUCUCAUUACUGACGAGGAGGACUGA